UACUCCUUUGUAAUCCACACACUUCUGCAAGUUUCUCUUUCUCUCUCUUGUUCUCUUGCCCUCUGUCUGUAUAAGUGUCUGGUUUUUGCGAAAAAGGUAAAAGUAACCAUUAGGGGCUGGGAAGAUGGCUCAGCCAUUAAGAGCUUUGGCUGCUCUUCCAGAGGAUGAGUUCAAUUCCCAGCACCCACAAGGCUGCGCACGGCUGUCUGUAACUCCAGUUUCAGGGGAACCAAUGCCCUCUUCUGGCCUCUGUGGGCACUGCACACACGGUGCACAGACACACAUGCAGGCAAAACACCUGUGAGUAUAGUAUAAAAAUAAAUUCUGGUCUAAUGAAAUGUGAGUUUCCUUUAACCUGCCCUAGAGACCUCAAUCCAUGAGAGCUUGUGAUAUAGAAACAUGUGAGAGUUCAGAGGUUGUAAGUGCCAGGAUAAAAAGAAAACGUGAGCAUUGGUCUGGGAAGACUGUUUGGUCGUUGUUAAAGAGCUGGCCACACAAGAGUGAGGACCCAAGUUUCAUGCCUAGAACCUGUAUGAAGAAGCCAAAUGUCACCAGUGAUUGAUCACACAGGCGUGUGAUCUCAGCCCUGGGGAGGUGGAGACAGGCAGAUCAUCAGGCUCGCCAGCCAGCCCAGCGUACUCGUCGAGCUCCAGCUCGAGGAAAGAGGCUGUCUCAAAGAUAAAUAAAAUAAAAUAAAAUAAAAAGGUAGGUGGUGUCUGAGGAACAGCACCUGAGGCUGACUUCCGGCCUUCCCACUGAGUCUUGUUUGAUACUAUAGUUCAUGUACACCCACUCACAUGAACACUCCCCUGCCCCCUAAAAAAAGCAAUAUAAACCUAUGCCCUCAUUCAGGCGUUCAAGCCCAGGGAUGUGUGACGUCAUGAUGUCUAAGCGGGCCUUCCCCUGUGAGGUACCACCAGUUCGAACAUCGCUCUCUGUCAGGGGUCACGGUGGCUGUGUGAAAAUGUGACAUGUGGACACAGGUCCGCUUGCUGAGGGCUCUGAGUAGACACCUGAGUGGAUACUUGGGCUUAUUCCUCUUGCUGUCCUUGGUAGGGACAACAAGGCCCCUCCUGUGGGGACCAUGCCUCCGUUGGCAGGAGCCUCCUCCUCCUCCUCCCUGAUUUUCACCCCAGUCUUUUCCAUGGGCCUCACAGGUGACUGGAUUUAUACCUGGCCAGGCACUACGGAACAGUGAGUAAGGACCUGCCCCUUGUCACUUCGGUGACAUUUAGGUAUAGAAAGUCACUGUGGAUCCUUCAAGCCUUGAAAAUAGCCAGAGUCCCCUAAUCUCUCCUCCGUGACAAGGGACAAGAACCCUCGCGGCUGAGCUCUGAAUAUUAUAGCAGACGCUAUUUGUGUCUCCAGGUUUUUCAUGUUGCCUUGGGGCGUGUCCAAUAGCAGGUGCUUCAGGAUGUGAUGGUCCAAGAAGACGGUAAGAAAUCCCAGAAAUAAGGCAGGGAAGCAGGAAGCUAUCAAAGAGGAUUGACUUUAGGCGCAGUCCCAUUCUUCCAGUUUGGGAAUGAUCUAAUGGCUAUGUACCCUUCAGUUAGCCCCGGGGACCCAGGGCUCAUCCAUUGUAUGGUCAGGGAUUGGUAAAGGUCUGUCCGGGGGACAGCUUCUGUAGCCCUGUACUGAGGCUGGGGGGGGGGGGUCCUCAGGGACCAGGAAGAGCACAGACAAUGCUCACCAUCACUGACAGUUGUGGCUGACUCACAGAGUCCCUUUCACCAUAGUGGGGAGCACUCUGGGGUCCUCAAGGCAGAGAAGCUGUGUCUGUGUCAUCUCCAUUGAUUUCUGGUUUUUCCCUCCAGCAUCACCACUGACUUCCUCUCCUAGGAGCAGCUCUGUGUUGUACCUGGGAGGAGGGUCACACACUUCCUUCCUUGAAGGACUCAUGGACCUUGUGUUUGCCAACUCCCAGAGGCAUAUGAAUAGGAAGGGUCAGGCCUCCUUGACCCUAGAGUCUCCUGUGUCUUGAUGCCAUGUGAUCUGGGACAAUAUUGACUUUACCUAUCUGACGGCAUGCUUGACAAACAGAGUUUUGUUCAAGGCCACUUGGGCUCCACCAGUCUGGUGGGCCCGAGCUGGUGGCCAUGCACAGGGCAGACAGCUCUGGCUUCUGAGAGUCAGCCUCACCUAGAGAUGUGGCCUCUCAGGUGAGUGAAAACACGGGCUGAGGCGUUGGGUUUGGCUUCCUCCCUUCCCAAGAACAUGGCGGUGUCCAUCUGGGGACCCUCCGCCCAGAUGCACUUGGGUUUCUUUAAGGAGUGAGCAAGACCUUCCAGGACAUUCCAGAAGCCCUUGACCAGCAAACGUGUGGUGUGAUUUCUGGGUGGGCCUGGCUUACAUUUGGAUCGAUAGAAAAAUAAACCCAGAACUUGUUGCAAAAGUGUUGUCCUGAGAGUGCAGGGCUGGGUGGCCUGGUAAGACCCCAUGAAUUGCAGAGUAGAAGACAACUUCCGUCAGCCCCAGGGGUGCUCCAGCUGCGGGGUGAGAGGUGGCGGGUGGACACAGGUAAACUUGUGCACCUGGCAGGCUCUGGGUCAGUGCUGUGACCACUACCCUCAAAAUCUCCGCUUCCCAUCCUAAGGUGUUCUGUGCUCCAAUCCUUUCAGAGGGCUGUUAUUUGGAACCUUCUAGAAAGGCUGUCCAGGGCGAAAGCUUGUAAUGCCAAGGAGGAAAGUGUUCAGGACUGGCGAGAGGCGGUCGGCGGUGGGCUACGGAAGUUCUCAAUGUGGAAGGGCCUCCUUGCGUCUCUGGCGGCUUGUUGGACUGAUUCCUGGUGAGACAACUUGGCUUGGAAGUUCAGGACCUGGUGGCCGGGCACCCUGGUUCCUCCCACAGUGCCCUUGGCUGCAGAGCAGGGGGCUCUGACCUCAUUUCCCAGCAAGGAGCCCUAGGUCUAAGGAAUCUCCCUGCCGCCCUCCCUGCUGGGCCGGGCCUCCCUGCAAGCCUCGUGGCCCCCGCUCGGUGCGGGCCUGCUGCUGCUGCUGCACAGCCCGCCCAGCCUCGGACCGCGCCGGCCUCCAGAAGUGAUAGCUAAUUGGGGAGAGAAAGGACCCGAUUGUCUGCGGCAGCCGGAAAGGCCCGGAGGAGGCGGCUGCUUCGCCCUGCAGCUGCCGCCGCCGGAGAUGUUUGGGGAUUACGUCAGCCUGGCGGGCAGGGGCCGCGGGGACAGCGCGGGAGGCGGGCUCCCGCAGGCCUCCCGCCGCCAGGGCCUCUGGACAAUGCUGCCAUUGUCGGUGCGCGGAGCGCUUAGCUCCCCAUGAAUGGUACACGGGCCUCUUGACCAAGGAGGCCGCCUGUAGCCCCAACUGUCCCCUCACAGGCGGGGAGGCUCUGUGCGCGGUGGGAAGGGCUGGCUGUGGACUGCCGGGGUCUGUCCCUCAGAAGGGGCCACCAGCAGGCAGGCAGGACCCAGCUCAGGGAGGCUGCUGCUGCUCUGCCCUUGUGCGGUGGCCUCCCUCCUCAGCAUGGCCUCCUGGCUGGGGGAUGCUGCUGGCCCCGACCCACUCAUGGUGCUCCUGGUUGUCAUCCUACUGGUGCGCUUUAUUCUGUGGUCCUGUCUGGGGACCUAUAUGGACUAUAGACUGGCCCGGCCUCAGCCUGGCAAACCCAAGGAAGAGUAAGCCAGGGGGACCAGUGGAGACCCAACCCAGGAGGGGACUUCAUCACCCUUCUGUGGGUGGGAAGGAGGCCGUGGGCUAUCUACCUGUCUUUGAGUGCCCUAGAUACCUUCCUGCAGGACACUGUUACUCUCCCCUGCCAUGCCCCUCCACACCUGCCCAAAGAGUCCUCGAGUUUGGGUUAACCUACCUAACCCUUCACCAUCCAGGCAGGUACAAGAGCCUUAUGACUUACCCAUUCUGCCCAAACCAGAGGGCAGUAGAAGAGACAAAGGCUCAGAGAGGCCCCAGAAGCUGAUCUGACUGGUUAGGACUGUCCCUAUCGGCAGGUGUCUGGCCGCAUGACUGUCAAGGCAACCAUUAUCACCAAGUUCUGGGCCCCCAUGGCAGAGUGUGCCCCAAGACAUGUCUGGCCCUUCCUUACUUCUCUGUGUAAGAGGCUGGGGUUGUGUGGUGAGGCCAUGAGGGUGACCAUUGCUCCCAAGGCCAGUGCUGUCAUGGCUCUCUGCUGUCCUAACCAGCCACUGGAUGCAGACAGCUGCCUCAGUCUCUCUGAACAGACCUCAGCGGAGGGUCUCAAGAUGGCCUCAUGAGAUGGAGUUCAAGCCCAGCUCCUUGACUUUGAGACAACUGUUUACCUACUGGAGCCUCAGUUUCCACCUCGGGAAUGAGCCUAUGGAACGGGUGAUGCGGCUUUCAAAGAUACUGUGGGGUUUUGUUGUUUUGUUUUGUUUGUUUAGACUCACCUGAGCAGCCCUGGUGGCACUGGAUGGAGUAAGAGUUCACAGCUCACACACAUGUGAAUCCAUUCACCCGCAGUGCGUGUGAGACGGAAUGCAGUGAGAAGACAGCAGACCAUGUGUUCUGCCAACCUUCCGUGACGGUGGCUGUGGUCAGCAGUCCCCCUUGGAGCAAACCAUGUAGCAAGGUGCCUAUGGGCAUUCGAGGCUGCAGUGUGGCAUUCUGGGACCGGCAGCGACUCACUUCUCCUUUGCCCUCUUUGGCACAUGGCUUAGGGCUUCAUGGCUGAAGAAGGCUGCAGCCACUCCAGGGACUUUACAUGGCUUCCAUGUACAGGGAGACAAUACAAUAGGGAUGAAAGGCGGUCCCUUGGGAAGCCCGAGUUUUGUGUCUUAUAAUCCAGAAUGACGUCAUAGAGCCUUAAGCCUUCUGGCUGUUGCUGAAAUGAACACUGUGACAAAAGCAACUUAAGGGCCCCAUUCACAGUUGAGAAGUCACUGGCAGGAAUGUGACAAUCAGCAGUGCCCCUCCUGGCCUCUGCCACGGCCUGGCCUGCUGUUUUUAGUUAUAGCCUUUUGGGGACUGGUUUGAGUAAUCGGUUGUCUCUGUGGCCUCCUUGGGCACUGGCUUUGUCUUUAUCUGAACCUUAGGGUGGUAGAUAUGUCAGACUUUGGCACCUUCCUUGGCUUUCUUUGGUUCGUUGGGGCUCCUGAAAAAAAAAAAAGUCUCAGUGAGCUGGGUGUGGUGGCAAAUGCUUGCCAUCCUAGCACUUGAAAGAGAGAGGCAGGAAGUUCAGAAGUUCAAGGUUAUCCUCAGUUUCGUAGUGACUUCAGGCUAGCUUGGGCUCUAUGAGACUUUGUCUCAAAACAAACAAACAAAAACAAACAAAACCAGACCUCCCAUCCCCCCAAAAUAGUCCUAUUGAAAAAGUUUGCAGAUUAGACAGAUAUGUCCCUGUCUUAGACACGCAUGUGCGAGUGCCCCUCUGCUCAUGCCUGGCAGGCCUCGAUAUAGGCAGUAGCCACACAGAGGGCAGUGAAGGGUUGGAUGGCAGCACGUGCUUUCUCUAAGCUAAGGAGAGAGGCCCCAGGAGAAGCGAGCCUGUUGACACUUCUACCUUGGACUUCCGGCCUCCAGCACAUGAGCUAAUGAAGCCUGCAGCUUAAGCCUCCAAUCUGUGGUGCUCUGAUCUGCCUAACAGAUGAAUGAAUGGAGUCACCAGCCCAACAGGAGCCACCAUGUCCUCCCAGAAGUCUCCAGGGCUGUGAUGUGGGUUCAGCACAGCACUGGGCUACUGGUGGCUUGGGCACAGGAGUCCCAGACAGUGGGCAGAAAGGUCUGGAAACAGAGCGUAGCCCGAGUAGGUGCAUGGAGCUAGGGACCACUAAAAAUGUGGCCAGUGCAACUUUUGAUGCAUGGUGAGUGUGACCUCAAAGUGGCUGCCUAAGACUGUCACAGCCAUCAGAAAUGGCUUUGUGUGGGCUCUGCUGGAAAAUGGUGGCAUCCUGGACACACUGAAAUAAAAUAUAAACGUUAA